AUGGAGGCCACGGCGCCCGACUACUACGCCCGCGACAAGAAGGGCUCCGACCUCUUCGUCGUCGACGACCUCCUCGCGCUGCCGUGCGACGACGAGGAGGAGGAGGAGGAAGGGGUGGGCGACGCGCCGUUCCUGCCGGCCAACGCCGCCUCCGCCGCCGCAGUCGUCGUCAAGCAGGAGGCCGGGUUCGGGAACGCGUCGGCCGACUCGUCCACCGUCACGGCCCUCGACAGCUGCAGCAACUCCUUCUCCGGCCUCGCCGACGGCGACUUCUCCGGCGGCCUCUGCGAGCCGUACGAUCAGCUGGCGGAGCUGGAAUGGCUGUCCAACUACAUGGGCGAGGGCGAGGAGAGCUUCGCCACGGAGGACCUACACAAGCUGCAGCUCAUCUCUGGCAUCCCCUCCGGCGGCUUCCCCUCGGCGAACGGGCCGCCUGCUCCGGCGGCCACCGCUGCCACGGCGCAGCCCGGCGUGUUCCUGCCGGAGGGCCCCGUCCCCGCCAAGGCCCGUAGCAAGCGCUCCCGCGUUGCGCCGGGCAACUGGUCGUCCCGCCUGCUCGUUCUCCCGCCGGCCCCGGCCUCCCCGCCGUCCCCGGCGUCCAUGGCCAUCUCGCCGGCGGAGUCUGGCGUCUCAGCCCAGGCGUUCCAUGUCAAGAAGCCUUCCAAGCCGGCCAAGAAGAAGGAGGUGCCGCCGCAGGCGCAGGCACAGGCUCAGACUCAGUCGGUGAGCGCGCCCACAGCGCCUUCGGGCGUCACGGCGGCGGCCAACGAAGGUCGGCGGUGCCUGCACUGCGAGACAGACAAGACGCCGCAGUGGAGGACGGGGCCCAUGGGCCCCAAGACGCUGUGCAACGCGUGCGGGGUGCGCUACAAGUCGGGGCGGCUGGUGCCGGAGUACCGCCCGGCCGCGAGCCCGACGUUCGUGACGUCGAGGCACUCCAACUCCCACCGCAAGGUGCUCGAGCUCCGCCGCCAGAGGGAGAUGCACCACCACCACCAGCCGUCGCAGCUCCAGCAGCACGCGGUCGCCGGCGGCGUCGGGAAGAUAAUGCACAUGGAGAGCCACCUGCUGUUCGAUGGGCCGGUGGCGCCGCCCAUCCUCGGCGGCGGCGACGACUUCUUGAUCCGCCACCGCCUAGGGACGGCAGACUACCGGCAGCAGCUCAUCUAG